AUGUUGAACUGUAAUGAUCUGGCACCAGUGAAGAAUUUUGUCGCAGACCUGACAAACGUUUCAGGUGGAUUUUACACAGACAGAGAUUGUGCACCGACUGGAACACAAGCUUUCUAUUUUAUUCAGGGAGGAAAUACAGAUUCAGCAUUUCAGAUAUCAUUGGGCAUCAUCUCGGUGGGCAGAUUCAUUUCCUACCGACAGGAAACCAAAUUUGAACUGAAUGUGUCUGUUACAACGUAUAGUGUAAACAGUGUAGACUCCCCUGGAAGACAGGGAUCUACAAUAGUUGUAGUCAACAUCCUCGAUAUCGACGACAGUGACCCAGUUUUUGACAACCUAGAGUACACAUUACACGUGCAAGAGGAGAACUCUACUGCAAUCAAUGUGACACACCUCACCAUUCCUCCAGUGUUCGCCUUCGACCAAGACACUGGGAUCAACGAUAACAUCACAUACUCCAUCAACGGCCCUAGCGACGUUGUAGAUAUUCACAACGAAACCGGGCAGGUGUGGGUAACAUGUGUACUGGACAGAGAAGUGAAUCCCUAUGUAAAAGUGGGUAUUAAGGCUAACCAGGUGCACAACUCUUGGAGGUCGGCGGUGGCCACUCUCCUAGUGGUGGUAGACGACAUCAACGACAACCGCCCAAAGUUUCAGCCAGACAAUCCCACUCUCGUCAGAAUUCCAGAACAUUCUGCUUUCGGCUCGUCCGUUGUUCGAGUUUUAGCCCUUGAUGAAGACGUGGGAGAAAAUGCUCUUUUUAAUUACACCGUGGAUGCUCCAGAAGGUACCUUCUACAUCGAAACAGAUAAUCUGGACAAACCGCGGUAUGGCACCGUGAUCGUAACCAAUUCUUCUGCUCUGGACAGAGAAACGAUUUCUUCUCUGACUAUUACGGUGGGCACAGUCGAGUACACACCCGCACAAGGAGGCGACUGCAGCACUGGGAUGUGUAACAUCACCAUCACCAUACAACUGACUGACAUCAACGACAACAGUCCUGUCUUCCAAAACGUCACCUACAGUCUGACGGUGACUAACAACAACAGGAACGCAUUUGUAGGGAUGAUUAACGCCAGUGAUGCUGACGAAGGUGAGAAUGCAGACCUCAGGUACAGGUGUGUAUCUUCAAGUUUACUUGGUGCUGAUGCCUGCGCUGUAAUGUCAGUCGACGACAAAACGGGGGAGAUAACCCUGAACGAACCUCUUGAAAAAUUACAAAAGUAUUAUGCUUUGUUGGAAGCCUGUGACAGCCCUGAGGAUUUUUCACAAAGGCGUUGCACCACAGUUCCCGUUACAGUUGCUCUCGACUUAGAGGUCCACGUGACGUCAUACAACUUCACGGUUCACGAGAAUUUGCCGGCGGGGACGUACGUUGGCGACAUCUUGAUAUACAACAGUCUCUUUACGCUUCAACACGACGAAUUUGAGCUUGAUGAAAAGUAA